AGAUGUGGAUGGGGGAUCUUGUGGUCAAUAUAUGUAGCUGUUAUUUUGGUAGGAAUGUUGGUGUUGGCUUUUGUAAUGGCUGGUUUGUUGGUAAGUUAUUUUGUGGAAGAACCGGUGAAGAUGGUGGAGGAUUUGAAUUUUGAUUAUACACAGAAAAGCCCCGUAGCAUUUGUGCCACUCACAGGAUGCCAUGUGGAUGGUAGCAUGGUUGAUGGGAUGCAUUAUAUCCCUCCUAAUCAUAUGGUUCAGGCCACUGUUUCAUUGACACUUCCUGAGUCAGAUUACAACAGAAACCUAGGAGUUUUUCAGGUAUGCUUUUCUCAGACCAGAAAAUAUGUUCGCAGGCGUUUUGGAUGGAUGUUUUGGAGGGGAAUAAAAGAAUAAAAGGUAAGGGUUGAUUUUCUAACGUUGAAUGGCAUGGUACGAGCAAGCUCUAGGAGACCGUGUAUACUUCCCUUCAAAAGCCAACCUAUACGCCUUCUCACUACUUUCUUCAAGAUAGCCUCUCUCAUCACAGGCUACACAGCAGAAUCUCAAGAUUUGGCCGUAGAGUUCAAAGGUUUCAUUGAAGGUGAUGUGCCGACUGCCUGUGUGAGAGUAGUGAUAGAGCAAAGAGCUGAAUUUCACCCUGGGGGAGGUGUUCCUCAGCUGUACGCUGCAUCUCUGGUUCUUGAGUCUCAACUUCCUCUGCUUAAAAGGGUGAUUUGGUAUUGGAAGUCGACUCUCUUUGUAUGGCUUAGUAUGUCGUUAUUUUUGGUGGAACUGGUGUCUGCUCUACUCUGCUGCAAACCUCUGAUCAUCCCGAAGAUACACUUGAUGGGCAGUCCCUCACAUCGAUCUUAGCAGAUCACACCCUUCAUUCCCUGUACAGUAACUUGUUAUCAGGUUUGUGUUUGUUUUUCAUACGACCACGGAAAGAGUCUCUUGUACUUGAAGCCCUAUUUGGAAUGUGAAUUUUUCUAGCCGAGCAAGUUACAGAUUAUGAGUAAAUUGCUGCUUUUAUAUUUUAGGGGAAAUAGCUCCAAAUAGGACCAAAUUGUUGCUGAAAUUCCCAAAUAGGAGUAAGUAUAAUUUUAUUCCCUAAAUAGGACUAUUCUUCCAAUUUUACCCCUCCAAUUCAUUUCAACCCUUCGGCCCCUCAUAUCAUUCGUCGCGCUCAUCACUCUGUCGCAUCUUUGUGCAUAGCAGAGCUUCAACGGCAGGGGAGCGGUGAGCGUCGACUAGAAUCACCGCCGAGCAGAGAGCACCGGCUAGAAUCACCGCCGAGCAGCGGCAGCGAGUGCCAGAGAGCAGUGGCAGUGAUAGUCAGGUCUCUCUUUCUCGCACUCCUCCGAUUUUCAAUUUUUUCCAUUCGAAUCUGGUGCGGUUGCUGUUGGUCCUGGGUCUUCUUCUCUCUUCUUUGGAUCCAUGUUGUCUGUUUGUGUGUUUCUUUUGUUUUAUAUAUAAGAAUUUGUAUGAACUCUUACUGUAGUUUUCUCUUCUUCUUCCUCAUGUUUCAGUUUUGAAAAUUGCUAUGUUUGUCAAUAAUGGUGAAAUAAAACUGACGUGGUUUACUUGUGUUGCCACAAUUGCCAAUUUUUUUUAAAAUGCCAUAAUGCCAUAAAAAUGGCAUUUUAACCUUUAAAAAUUUCAUAUUUUUCUUAGAAAAUGCCAUUAAGAUGGCAUUCUCAAAUCUCAAUUCAUGUUGGCAUUUUCAUAAAAAGGUUGGCAUCAGGGGUGGCGUCCAUUAGAUCUGCCGUAGUGGCGGCCGGAUAUGUGGUGGAGGCUGUUGGAUCGGAAGUGGCAGCGGUGGAUCUGCAGGGGUGGCAGGCGGAGGUCAGAUCUGGCCCGGUCUAGGGAGGCGGAGGCCAGAUCUACGGCAGAGGCAAUCAAAUCAGCAGCGGCGGCUAGUUUUGAGGUUGCGGCGGCGAGCGGCCGGAGGUGGCCGGUCCGGCAGUCUGUCGGCGGCAAUUUAUUUUGUUAAGCUUCGGGGUAUUUCUGUCAACCUACAAAUAAUAACUCCCAUUAAGAAUUUAAUUACUCCCAUUUAGGUAAAUCUCCCUAUAUUUUAUUCAGGUGACUGUUCCACCUAAUUGUAAUAAUAAUUCAAUAGCUCCGAGAUUUUCAAUGUUACACACACUUGACAAUGGCAA